AUGAGCAAUCCAGCAGUGGAAAACGACGACGCGCUGGAGAAAGCCGGCAGUGCCACCGAAGCUCUUUACUCAACUCGCGAUACCUACUUUCCGGCCAACCCCGACGACAAAAUCGCCAGGCUCAAAUCAGAAUCCGAUCUCGCUCUCAACCUCCUCGAUUCCAUUCCUCCCGAGCAGAGGAAGCUUCUAGAGCAGCGUGCGAGGUACGAGUAUCUGAGAGGGAAGAUACUGGAUGUGUUGCCGGAGUAUAAAAGAGAGGCAGAGGAUCAUCUCUCGAAAGCGGUUAAGUUGAAUCCAUCUCUUGCAGAUGCGUGGCUGUGCUUAGGUAACUGCAUUUGGAAGAAGGGAGAUUUGUCGUCGGCAAAGAACUGCUUUACUCUUGCGCUAAGCAAGGGUCCAAACAAGCAGAUACUGUGUCAACUUUCAAUGCUCGAGAGGAAAAUGGCUCAAGGUGCUGAUAAUCAGGCAGAGCUUGUUGAUGAAAGCAUAAAACAUGCCAAGGAAGCUAUAACUUUGGAUGUCAAGGAUGGGAAUUCAUGGUACAAUCUUGGAAAUGCAUGUCUUACAAGUUUUUUUGUGACCGGAGCCUGGGACCACGCCAAGCUUCUGCAGUCUCUAAAGGCCUACCAAAAUGCUGAAAAAGAUGAAAGAAUGAAACCCAAUCCAGACCUGUACUUUAACUGUGCUACUGUAAACAAAUAUCUAGAAAACUACGAAAUGGCCCUUACUGGAUUUGAAGCUGCUGCUUUAAAGGAUCCUGGUCUCAAUGCUAUGGAAGAGGUUCAAAAGAUUGUUAACCUUCUUGACAAGAUAGAUAACUUGUUAAGGGGACAUGCCAGAUCUAAACGACUUGCAUCUUUAGCAUCAUCUCUGGCUGUGGUAAAUUUGAAUUCGUCAUAUAAAAGGGCUACUGUAAAUCUUCUAUCAGAGGGUCUGAACAAAGCAGUAGCAUUAGUGGGAAAAGUGCUAUUCCUCAUCAAGCAUGAAAACGUUGCUCCUCUGUACUAUUUGGCAUGCGAUCCGGAUCAAGUAUGUUUUGUUCUGUCAGUCUAUGGCAUUCAAUAUGAUUCGAUCAAAGAAGGAGACCAUAUAACACUGCUGGAUCCCUUAUAUCGGCAGGUCGAAUUUUCUUGGAAAGAAAAGUUUUACCAGUUCAAAUCAUUUCGUGUGGAUUUCAAAGAACAAUUGCUUGUGAAUGGGAAGGCUCUGACUCCUCACCAUGCAGUCCGCACUACAAUUCAUGCAGACCAUAAACCAUGAAUAGGGGUUUCGGGUGCAGUACAUUUGAGUAGGUACUUUUUUUGCCUGUCAUUGAUUUUAAUGGUGUAUUAUUUGUGAAUAGAUUAGGGGAUGACGAAAGAAAAGUUAUAUGGGUAAUUGAGUAAAUUCUGAUGGAGCUCUCGUUUGGCUUUACAUUUCCAUGGUAUGUGCUCAUGUCUUGGUUGCAUAUGUAAAGAUCGUCUAUUAGUCUAUCUUCAGCUUAUCUUACCCUCACGACUCAUGUUUUGGUUGCAAAAAUGUCAGAAACCAUAUGCCUUGGUUCAUUAAGUGUGCAAGUUAGCUACAGCCUUGUGCGCUGCUGAUAGAUUUAUGCCAGUAUAUCUCAGUUUGCCUUUGCAGUUGUAAAACUAAUUUUUCCUGUACAGGGAUGUGAACCAAAUGCAGAAAUAUACUUUUUUGUUUUAACU